AUGUUCUACGAAACGCUCUACGUCCACGACGCAAAGGCAGCAGCCCUCCAGCCGAUCCCGUACAGAGCUGCCCCGGCAAAGUCGGCCUCGCGCAGCAACAACAACAACAAUAACAACAACAUCCUCCGGAUCCCGAAACCGCAGGCACAGCGCCCCAAGCCGUUCGACCCCGACGAUCUGACCAGGAGGCUGCACGUCGUGCUCGCCGAGCAAAAGGCCCAUGCCGAGAGGAAGAAGCGCGCGAGGGCGGCCCUCGACGCCGAGCGCCAGGCGAAUGCCGCCGCCGUGGCCCGCAACGCGAGCGCCCUGCAUCCCGGCCAGCGCGGGAUCCCCAUGGGGCCGACGGCGCCCUCUACGCAGAUACAGAAGAAGGAGGCCACGGCGUCCAAAUCACUGAUUCCAACUGCGCCUCGAGACGCGGGCCAAGAUGCUCCCAAGACCAAGACGGAGAGGCUGCACAGGGCCGGCUUGAGAAAUUCUACCUCGUCGUCUAGCAACAGGAAUUCGGAGGAUACGCCGCCGUCCAACUAUCGUCACAUCCCGCAGGUUGCUGCCUCGCAGUUUGCCCGAACCACCACCACCGAGACGGUGACGGAGAAGCAUCUCGUGCACAAGCUGUCCCGGCAGGCCAUCAAGUCCCACGUGCAGGGCCCCAAUGCAGCCGCUGGACGAGCAUCAGACUUUGUGCCGGCGGAGCAGACCAAGGCUCUCCGAAGGGCGCAGAGCAUGAGGGAGAGGCAAUAUGAGCGGAACCAGUUCCAACAGCCUCACAUCCUCGCCGCCACAGCCGAGGUGGACGAGAGGCCCGCGACUACCGCCCCCCACAAUUUCAAGGAAUACCUCCACCACAAGAGCCUAGACGCCCUCGAUGAACCAAGUAAGGAGAUGCGGAGGAGAAGCAUGGGUGCCAUCCUCGGCAUGAUGAUUUCAAGAGAUGCCGAGACUGCAGAGCUUUCCCAUACGUCGUCGGAGAACUAUUCCGCGGCAAAUCACUCUGACACCGGGCCUGCCAAUCCCGACGAGCAUCGUGUGGACUGGACCCAGAGUGACGAAGCCGCGAUCCUUCGACAACAAAAGCAGCAGCAGCAGCAACAACAGCAGCAGCUGCAUUCACAGCAGCCGCAGCAGUCGCAGAAAAGCGCGGCGGGUCCCAACGUUUUGCGAAAGUCCGAAUCAAAAUGGGCUUUGCGAACAAAGCUCGGGGGCUUCACCAAGAAGGCCGACAAGCUGUCUUCACCGACAGAAGAGAAGGACGCCGAGUCGCUCGCUGAACGGCCCAAGUCACCCACAAAGUCGGGAGGGCUCUUUGCGCGAUUCAAGCGUUAG